UACCCACAGUUUUUCACGUCCUUGCCAGAGGAUUGUAAAGCGCGCUCAAGAGGGGACCACGAUGUGACUGGGCGAAAGUGCUAGGGACUGUGGCAACGGCCCUAUGGGAGGGGGAGCAAGCACGUGGGGUCCAGGACGCAGGCGCUGUGCCUGGACAGCCUAGGUGUGAAGCCUGGAGUUGGCGGUGACGCCUGUUCACCUCCACUGGCUCUGACGCCAGCGCAAUGAAGACCAAGAACGUUAACUUGCUCUUCGCUCUCGUUGCUGUCCUGCUCUUUGGCUUCUCGUGUUUCUGCAUCUCCAGGAUGAACCAAACCAAUAAUCAGCUAAUUAACUGCAGAAACCACGUUUUGGAGUUCAAGGAAACUAUGCUACGUUUAAAAAACAAAAGUGAAAAUAAUCACCAAAAUCUAGUGAAAGUCCUGCAUCAACUGAAGCAUAAAGUGGCCCCCGCGAAGCCGUCAGGAAGCAUCCUUGAGAAGAAAGUGAACAUGUUGGGUCAGGAUGAAACAGUUUUUAACCAAUUUGAAAUCUUAAAGUUCUUCCUUCCUCAUCUAAGGACAGCAGGGAACAUUUACCCGGAUAUAGCCAUUGGCAAACAGAGAGCAGGCGUCUCUUUUGCACUGGGAAUCACCACCAUUGACAGAGGGAACCACACCUACCUGAAGCAAACGCUGACUUCUGUUCUCUCCAGAAUGACUCCUGAAGAAGAGGAGGACUCCGUGGUGAUCGUCUCUGUGGCUGAUACUGAUGAAAAUUAUUUAAAAUCUGUUGUUCACAUGGUUAAAACCAGAUUCAGAAAGCAAGUACAGUCCGGAGCCUUGGAGGUCAUUUCAAUACCUGCCCUUUUUUACCCUCAAACAUUACUGGAAAAGAAAACAACGAAGAACGAAAAAAAUUGGCAGAUAAAGCAAGUAUUGGAUUUUUGUAUUCUGAUGUUGUACGCACAACCCAAGGCCACGUAUUACUUACAGCUGGAAGAUGAUAUCGUAGCAAAAAAGAUGUAUUUUACAAAAAUGAAAGAUUUUGUAAAUAGUGUCACUUCAAAAGAUUGGUUUUAUAUUGAGUUUUCAGUCCUUGGAUUUAUAGGGAAACUCUUUCGAUCGAAGGACCUGAUGGACUUUGUGCAUUUUUUCUUGAUAUUCUACAGAGCAAAGCCCAUAGAUGUGCUUUUAGAUGACAUUGCCCUGCUUCGGAUGUGCAGCUUCGGGGGGCCUCUGAGGAGCUGUUUGCAGCUAAAGAGGGAAGUUCGAGUUCAGUACAAACCAUCUCUGUUCCAGCACGUGGGCACUCACUCAUCAUUUCCAGGACGAGAACAGCACCUCAAGGAUCAUUACUACUAGGAUUUUCCUAAAUCUUACAACUUCUCCAAAAAUUGCCAGACUCAUUUUUGGGAAAAAGGCACAGCAAAUAUCAAAUUUUCUUGAGUUACAGUGAAGAAGAGACUACACUAUUUUUUUUUAAUUAAACCUUCAGUAAUAAAGUGAGUAUAAAAAUUU